GCCUCGGAGCCUCCUCGGCCGCCGUAUGGCGGUGCCGAGACUGGGCGGGGAUGCCUACCGAAAAGAAUUCGCGGAAGUGCAGCACCUAGAAGGUCGCGGUGGGGUCACGGGGAAACCCCAUCUGUGUGUGGAGCUCGCCGUGGAACAGAAUGAGAGGAUCAAGGAAUCAGUGACACUGGAGGACGUGGCUGUGGACUUCACGUGGGAGGAGUGGCAGCUCCUGGCCCCUGAGCAGAAGGACCUGCACCGGGACGUGAUGUUGGAGAACUACAGCAACCUGGUGUCAGUGGGGUAUCAAGUCAGCAAGCCAGAUGCUCUCUCCAGAUUGGAACGAGGGGAACCAUGGGCCAUAGAAGGUGAAGCCUACAGUCAAAUCUGUUCAGAAAUCAAGAAAGAUAUUGGUCAUCUACAGGGGCACUUGCAAAAUCGAAGAUGUCUAAAGAGAAUGGAACAAUGCCAUGAACAUAAAGCAUUUGGAAACAUUGUUUAUCGGGGUAAAAAUUUUCCUUUAAGGCGAAAUCAUGAUAUAUUUGACAUACAUAGGAAAGCACUGAAAUCAAAUAUAAAUUUUGUCAAUGGGAAUGGAAGCUAUGAAGUAAAGAACCCUGUUGAGGUUAAUGAAGAUGUGAAAUCCUUCCUCCAGACAAAGUAUGAGCGAUUUCAUACUGAAAUUAAAAUUCCUGAAUGUGGAAAUUCACAAUUCAUUAAGCAUCAAAGAACUGAAAAGAUAGAUAAACCUCAUGUAUGCAGUGAAUGUGGGAAAGCCUUCAUCAAGAAGUCUCGCCUCGUUGAUCAUCAGAGAGUUCAUACAGGAGAGAAACCUCAUGGAUGCAGUGUAUGUGGGAAAGCCUUCUCCAGGAAGUCCAGGCUCACCGAACAUCAGAAAACUCAUAUAGGAGAGAAACGGUAUGAGUGCACUGAAUGUAACAAAGCCUUCCCCAAGAAAUCACGACUACUGACUCAUCAGAAAAGUCAUACAGGAGAGAAACCCUAUGUAUGUGAUGACUGUGGGAAAGCUUUUAUCAAGAAGUCUCGGCUCAUUAAUCAUCAGAGAGUUCAUACAGGAGAGAAACCUCAUGGAUGCAGUCUGUGUGACAAAGCCUUCUCCAGAAAGUCCAGGCUCAUUGAACAUCAGAGAACUCAUACAGGAGAAAAACCUUAUGAAUGCACAGAGUGUGACAAAACAUUCCGCUGGAAAUCACAGCUCAAUGCCCAUCAGAAAACUCAUACAGGAGAGAAGUCGUAUAUAUGCAGUGACUGUGGGAAAGGCUUCAUUCAAAAGGGCAAUCUCAUUGUACAUCAGCGAACACAUACGGGAGAGAAACCCUAUAUAUGCAAUGAAUGUGGAAAAGGCUUCAUCCAGAAGGGCAAUCUCCUUAUACAUCAGCGAACUCACACUGGAGAGAAACCUUAUGUAUGCACAGAGUGUGGGAAAGGCUUCAGCCAGAAAACUUGCCUCAUAUCACAUCAGAGAUUUCACACUGGAAAGACUCCCUUUGUGUGUACUGAAUGUGGAAAAUCCUGUUCACACAAAUCAGGUCUUAUUAACCAUCAAAGAAUUCACACAGGAGAGAAACCCUAUACAUGCAGUGACUGUGGGAAAGCCUUUAGAGAUAAGUCAUGCCUCAAUAGACAUCGGAGAACUCAUACAGGAGAGAGACCCUAUGGGUGCUCUGAUUGUGGGAAAGCCUUCUCCCACUUGUCAUGCCUUAAGUCUCAGCUCACUGAUCAUGAGAGAGUUCACACAGGAGAGAAACCUUAUGGAUGCAAUCUGUGUGCGAAAGUAUUCUCCAGAAAGUCCAGGCUCAAUGAACAUCAAAGAAUUCAUAAAAGAGAGAAAUCCUUUAUAUGCAAUGAUUGUGGUAAAGUCUUCACCAUGAAGAGCCGUCUGAUUGAGCACGAGCGAACACAUACUGGAGAAAAACCCUAUGUAUGCAGUGAAUGUGGAAAAGGUUUCCCAGGGAAGCGUAAUCUCAUUGUACAUCAGCGAAAUCAUACUGGAGAGAAAUGCUAUGUCUGUAGUGAAUGUGGGAAAGGCUUCACUGGGAAGAGCAUGCUAAUCAUACAUCAGCGAACUCAUACGGGAGAGAAACCCUACACCUGCAGUGAGUGUGGAAAAGGCUUCACCACAAAGCACUAUGUCCUCAUACACCAACGAAAUCAUACAGGAGAGAAGCCAUAUGUAUGCAAUGAAUGUGGGAAAGGUUUCACUAUGAAGAGCCGUCUGAUUGAACAUCAGCGAACUCACACUGGAGAGAAACCCUAUGUGUGCAAUGAAUGUGGAAAAGGUUUUCCCAGGAAGAGUAACCUCAUUGUGCACCAGAGAAAUCAUACAGUAGAGAAAUCCUAUGUCUGUGGUGAAUGUGGGAAAGGCUUCACUGUGAAGAGCAUGCUCAUCAUACAUCAGCGAACGCAUACAGGAGAGAAACCCUACACCUGUAAUGAGUGUGGGAAAGGCUUCCCCUUGAAGAGUCGGCUGGUUGUGCAUAAGCGAACUCAUACUGGGGAGAAACCUUACAGAUGUAGUGAGUGUGGGAAGGGCUUCAUCGUGAAUAGUGGACUGAUGUUACAUCAGCGAACUCAUACUGGAGAGAAACCCUAUGUAUGCAAUAAAUGUGGAAAAGGUUUUGCCUUUAAGAGCAAUCUUGUGGUACACCAGCGAACUCAUACUGGAGAGAAACCCUUUACAUGCAGUGAGUGUGGAAAAGGCUUCACCAUGAAACGUUAUCUCAUUGUACAUCAGCAAGUUCAUACAGGAGAGAAAUCCUAUAUAUGCAGUGAAUGUGGAAAAGGCUUUGUUAUGGAAACCGAGCUCAUUUUACAUCAGCAAAUCCAUACUGGAGAGAAACCUUACGCAUGCAAUGAAUGUGGGAAAGGCUUCGCUGUGAAAAGCCGUCUAAUUGUCCAUCAGCGAACCCAUACAGGAGAGAAACCUUUUGUAUGCAGUGAAUGUAGGAAAGCCUUUUCCUCAAAGAGAAAUCUCCUUGUACAUCAGAAAACUCAUAGUGGUAACAAACCCUAACAACAAAAUGAAUAUGGUCACACCUUCAGGAAGAAAAUAUGCCUUGUACAACAUCAGAGACUUCAUACAGGAUAGACUUCUUUUAUAUGUACUGACUGUGGAAAAUCCUAUUCAUAUAGUAUUGGUCUCAUGACCCACCAGGGGAUUUACACAGGAGACAAACUGUACAAGUAUGUGUGCAGUUAGUGUGAGGAAAUUUAGCACCUACUGUACAUCAAAGAACUCAUAAAAGAGGGAGACCCUCUGGAUUCAAGAAUUGGGGGUAACCUUUCUCUCACUUGUCAAUACACAUGACAAAUGAAAAUAUUUUUUGAGCAUUUACGCUCAAGUGAACUUGAGCAGGGGACAAACCAUGAUAGUCCAGUGGACUCAUUAAACAUCAGUGUGCUCCUAGCAUAUUGGAAUAUAGUCAGUGUAGAGUAGCCUGUUGCUAGAUUUCCACCUUUGAAAAUUAUGAUAUUUGCAUAGGAAUGAAAUUUAAUGAAUGCAGAGAAUGUGCUAGUGCCUUCAGUGAUCAAUUACCUCACUUUGUAUGUCAAAAUUAACAUGUAGGAAAAAUAUUCUGAUACAUUCAAGCAGAAAAGUCUUAAAGAAACAUUUCUAGGUAAUUAUAUGUCUGAACAGUAUGUACUAAGAUAAAUCUUAUGAAUGGAGAGACUAGGAAAGUCUUCUAUGGGAAAAAAGACUAUCUAGAUCAUCAGUGAUCAUAAAAGAUUGGCAUUAAGCUCAUACUUAGUAGCAAUGUGAUGAUUGUGGGAAAGCCAUUGCCUAUAAAAUAAAAUCUCAAUAGUUGCCCAAUAUCCAUGCUGAAGAAAAAAUUUCAGAUGGCAGAAUUCAUCAUUUCCCAUGAAUUCAUACAGAAAUAAAACUGUUAGGAACACACUAACUGUGGAAUAACUUUAGCAGAAUAUCAGAGAAUUCAUAGAGAGAAGCCUCAUGAAAAUAACGUACACUUGAGUUUUCUAUCACAAGUCUAAUUUGCACACCUGGCAUCCAUUCUGGGACAGGAUACCUUGAACCAUAUUCUCAAUGAUUCCAUAAUUUUAAAGAAGGCAAUUGUUAACUCUGGUUAAAUUGUAAUGUUACAUACAAGCAGGAGUGUUCUGAGCCCACUCUGUAUCAUUAUAUGACUAGCUCUUGCAUUUCUUAGGCUCUAAAUUCAUCUCUUUCAGUCUACUACCGUGUUUCCCCCAAAAUAAGACCUAGUCGGACAAUCAGCUCUAAUGCGUCUUUUGGAGCAAAAAU